UAUUCUUAUAUCCCUUGUUAGUAAAUUAAAGGGUUAAUAAUUUAAAAAAUCAAAAAGGUCUGGUAGAAUAUCCUGAUCAGAUCAAGUUGUUUAGCUCGUGUUGCUUGCUUGCGUGUCAUCGAACACGUAGUCUAUCGAUCAAACAGCGGGCAGUUGGAGCUAGGCUUACUGAUUCGGCGGCGGCACACUUCGUUGGUAGUGGGUACGUGACCUUACACGCGUCUUAACUUCGGUGCAACGGGAUUUUAAAGAUUGGUGUAAUAGGUAUAACGGUGGUCAAGCAAUAUAAAAAAAUGUUUGAAACAUUCCUGGCUUCGAUCCCCAAUAGCCGUUCAGAGAUGGUAAACGAGCUGGAUUUACCUGAAGACGUUACCGCGACGCCUUAUGUCUGGAGGGAGCCGGAAGACUCACCAGAGAUUAGCGAGAGUCUCGUCUCCGCCGGCCUCGAAGACUAUGAUGCGAAGACUCUAAGCACGGACUCUAGUCUUGCUCUGUCUCGGGCUAUGACCGACUCCGAGAUCGAUUAUGAGAGAUAUCGUAGAUACAAGAAUAGAAGUUUUAGUGAUCCGUGGAUCCAGAUGAAAGCAGUUCUAGAUUCCUUUCCACCAGAAUACCUUGCUUCUGUCGACAGUUUCAAAUCAACCUCCGAGAUAUCGGAGGAGGUGAGAAGCUCAGAGCGCCGUCUACACGCAGAGGAGUUACGUCUCAAGAUGGAGAGGUUCUUCGAAGAGGAAUGCCGCGUGUUCUCUCCCGAUGACCCGGGUUUGCUCGCUCUUGAAGAUGCCUUGCAGCACGUCGAUUUAAAGGUCAGGUUUAGAUUUAUUAAUAGAGGAACUCUACUAAAUUACAAAAAGAAACAUUAA